AUGUUGAGUCUUGAAGGCAAAAUCGUUCUCAUCACAGGCCUUGGUCAAAGUCAGCCUGGCGGCUGGGGAAUUGGCGCUGCUACAGCGGUUCUUUUCGCUCGACAAGGAGCCAGAAUAUUUGGUGGCAACCGCACUCUAUCGUCAACCAUCUCGACAAAGAAAGCAAUUGAAGAAGAAGGUGGAGUUUGCGACAUAGUAGAGACGGACGUCGCCUCAUCGGAGUCCGUUAAGAGACUAGUCGAUGCUUGUAUGGCAAAGCAUGGCCGAAUCGACAUCCUCGUCAACAACGUUGGUCGUUCUGAACCAGGAUGUCCAGCGACCAUGUCUGAGGAAGUAUGGGACUCCCAGGUUGAUAUAAAUCUGAAAAGUGUCUUCCUAACUUGCCAUCAUGUCUUACCGAUCAUGGAGAAGCAAGGGGCAGGGGCGGUAGUCAGCAUUGCAAGCAUUGCUGGGCUGCGAUAUAUUGGAAAACCUCAAGUAGGGUACUCAGCGACAAAAGCUGCAGUGAUUCAGUUUAUGAAGGCAACUGCAGUCAUUUAUGCGCCCAAAGGAGUGAGGUUGAACACAGUCGUGCCUGGGCUAAUGGAUACCCCUUACACCAAGAACCUAGUCGGGAGGUUUUCGAAGGACGGCGAGCAUGAGGAAUACAUGAAGAUGAGGAAUGCACAGGUUCCGACUGGGAAGAUGGGAGACGCUUGGGAUGUUGCGAACGCAGCUCUGUUUCUGGUGUCGGAUGAGGCAAAAUACAUUGUGGGACAGGAGAUUGUUGUAGAUGGGGGAAUCACGUCUUCCACAGGGAGAACGUGA